AUGAUCAAGAUCAAAGAUAGCAACCCCCGCCCUAGACCGCUCUCCCCAGCGAGGGAUCUCAAAGGCCUCUGGGAACUGGGUCUCACGAGUGCGCUGCUGCUACUAGCACUGACCACCACCAGACCAGACCCACUCCUUUGCGCAGAGCUGCGACUAGCUGCCAUCGCCGCCUCCGCCACCUCUGCCGCCUCCGCCACCUCCGCCGCCUCCGCCACCUCCGCCGCCUCCGCUCCCUCCGCCACCGCCGCCGCCUCAUCCGCCUCCACUGCUGCCACCUACACCUCCACCCUCGCCACCAAUCCCACCACCCCCACCCCCUCCACUGCCUCCACCACCCCCUCCACAGCCCCCGCCAGCCCCUCUAGCGCCCUUGCCCCCCUUGCCCUUGCCAGUGUGGCGUCUCCUGCUAGAGGCAGACGCAGCGCCGACCGACUCAAAACCAACGAGGUCGGCCGCAGCAGCAGAAGCAACAGAGGGCAAGAGGGGGGAGGGGGAACACCCCUCAAAGACGGGGGUGCGAGGGUCAUCACGAGAGGCUCCUACAGUGACUAUGCUCUUCUCUGCUGUCAGGAGGCGCUCCUCGAGGAGGUCAACGGUGAGUGUGGUGGGGCAAACUGA